GAGCUGGGCCCCUGAAUGACCUGCGGGACAGCAGAGACCGAUCCUGUCACAGAAACUACCAGCAUUUCCACACCCGGGAUGAGGCGCUCUGUCCUGGUCAGGAACCCAGGCCACAAGGGCGUGAGGCCCGCCUAUGAAGAAAUCGACUCAGAUCCCGAAGACCUGGACCCCAGACAUGAAGAUCUGGACCCAGUUCCUGAAGACCCAGAGCCGGAUCCAGAAGACCUCAACACUGUCUCUGAAGAUGUGGACCCCAGCUAUGAAGAUCUGGACCCCAUCUCUGAGGAGCUGGACCCCGACGUCGAAGCGCCGGGCUCCAUCUUGGGGAACCGAGACUCGGACCCCCAAGAUCUGGACCCCAUGUCUUCAAGUUUUGAUCUCGAUCCAGAUGUCAUUGGCCCUGUACCCCUGGUCCUCGACCCCGACAGCGAAGCCCUCAGUCCUGCCGCGGCAGACGUGGACCCCCUUUCCUCUAGCGUCACUGCCACCCCCGAGGUCCUGGCCACUGGCCCCGCGGUGCUCCCCGCCCCGUGCGGCAAGGCCUUCGGGCAGAGCUCGGCGCUGCUGCAGCACCAGCGCACGCACACGGCCGAGCGCCCCUACCGCUGUCCCCACUGCGGCAAGGCCUUCGGGCAGAGCUCCAACUUGCAGCACCACCUGCGCAUCCACACGGGCGAGAGGCCCUACGCCUGCCCGCACUGCUCCAAGGCCUUCGGGCAGAGCUCGGCGUUACUGCAGCACCUCCACGUGCAUUCCGGAGAGCGCCCCUACCGCUGCCAGCUCUGCGGCAAGGCUUUCGGCCAGGCGUCCAGCCUCACCAAGCACAAGCGGGUGCACGAAGGCGCC